AUGCCUGCAGAUUUCAAUGGUUACUGGAAAAUGAUCAGCAAUGACAAUUUUGAGGAGUAUCUCAAAGCACUGGAUGUAAAUGUUGCUGUAAGAAAAAUAGCAAACUUGCUAAAACCUGACAAAGAAAUCUUUCAGAAUGGAGAUCAUAUGAUUAUUAAAACGCUAAGCACUUUUAGAAACUACAUCAUGGAAUUUGAUGUAGGAAAGGAGUUUGAAGAGGAUUUAGCUGGGGUGGAUGAUCGCAAAUGCAUGACCACAGUUUCUUGGGAUGGAGAUAAGCUACUUUGUGUACAGAAAGGAGAAAAAGAAGAUCGUGGUUGGACUCAGUGGAUUGAAGGAGAUGAAAUGCACCUGGAAAUAAGAGUGUGCGGAGUCAAAUGCAAGCAGGUCUUUAAGAAGGUACAGUGAGCCUACUGCUGACACAGAAGUGAAGAAGCAAGUAGACUUGCCACCAAGUCUCCAAGCACUAGUGAUGAACACCAUCAAUGAUGACAGUUAAUACAGUUGAAGAUAACAUUAGCACUGUAUAGUCAAAAAUAUUUUUAACAAAUUAUUUUAAAGAAAUAAUUGCAAAUAAAACUCUAUUAAAGUUACUAAACACUAUAAAUGGGUGCGCACCAUAAUUCGUGACCACACAAAAACUGAGACUGUUUGAUAAAAAACAAGGUACUGGAGUUAAAGCCAUGUGAGCAGAUAUUUUACUUGCAGCGAAAAAUCUCCUUUCUGUAGCUUUAACAAGGGGCCUUAACGUAAUCUUGUUUUCAGGCUAUGAAUUGUUGUAGGGAAGUGAAUGAGGACUGCAGUAUGUGGCUGACCAGAAAUCCUCAUCUCUCUGAAGCCAGUGAGAAUUUUACCACCGGCUCCAAUGGAGCAGUACUUCAGUGAAAGUAUUCCACCAAAAUGGAAGAUUUGAUUUUUUAAAUUAAGUAAAGUUAUGGAUCAAUAAUCUGGAAAAACAGCAAUUACAGAAUUAUGGCCAAGAGGCAAUUCCUUUCCAAAUGCUUUAGCCAAUGACUGACUAUUUGCUUUCUUUCUCUUUCUGAUGAAGCUGACAGUAAGGUUAUUGCUAGUAACUAUGUAAUUGUACUCACACCAUACAAAAGAGAUAGCUAACAUUGCUUUGUACAAUAUCAUUUUCAGAUUUUAUUAGUACCCAUCAUUGAGCUCAUCUUCUCAUGCAGCAUAUAGAAAAGCACUGACCUACUACUUUAUACUAAACAUUCUUACAGGUUUAAGUAGCAAGAUGUCCAUGAAUUUAGGAGGCUCCUCUUCGAAAGGGCACUUCUGAGUCUUUUACUUCUCUUCACCUGUUUUCGACUUAGUAUAGCAAUAAUCAUUUAAUGUGAUCCUCAGCUGUUUUAUUCGUGGUUUCUGUGAUUAUUCACCAUCUGAUCUACCCCUCCCAUUACAGAAGAAAAACAUGAAAAGCGCUAAGUCAGGAUGUAGGAUCAGAACAUGAAAUGAUUAAGGAGUAUGACUUGCAUAAUACCAAAGAAGAUUCAGAAGGAUUCUAAAACUAUAAAGCAAAUGCAGAGGAUCAGGUAGAGAACUGAAACUCUUUAUAGUAACAUGAUUUGCAGAGGAAAUGGGAUGCUCUCUUAACAGCAGGAGAAUAUUUUUUGAAUACGCUGAUUAUGUAGUAUCUAAUAUUGUAACCUGUGUAAUGUAUAUAUUUCAUUUGGAAAUUGUUGUGUUUUUUUCUGUUUGAUUUGAACAAGUCAAAAUAUACACACUGAUUUUACUGGGUGCAAAUAUGAGCAUAAAAUAAGUAUUUUGGUACUUGAAGAUUAAAUAAUUGAUGUGAGAAAAAUCUAAUCAGACCUGUACAAAAUACAUGUAAGCCUAAGAAAGGGCUGGUAAAUUUUUAUUUCAUAUAUGUUAAAUAUUUUAUAUUUUUAUUUUAGAAAUCCAGGAUUUCUUAAUAGCUACCAAAAUGUUUUACACAGACAAAGGAAUACAAAUUAGAUUGCAUUAUCUGAAAACAUAGUUUUAAUAUUAAGUAAUAAUAUGAAAUGUGUGGUAUUAAUUAUGAAAUACCUUUAAUGUCAUUAAAGAAUUUAAUCUUCAGAUAUAUAAGAUAUAUACUGUAGUAACGCAGCUGCAGUACAGCAACCUUUGUGAUUUCCACACACUUUGACUAAGACUAUACCACACUGUUCUCCCAGUCUUUUCUGAUUCUGUGGCUCAAGCCAGAAGCUGCUAUCUCACUAUUUAAUAACCUUCACCAUAUUUUUCUUUCAUAAAAAUCUCAAGUCAUUUUUGAGAUCAAUGCAAAUAUUUAGCAAACAGUUGUUUAAGAAAUCUCUCUGUUCACUUGAACCUGUUGCCUUCUGUUAUCACGUAAUUACUCCUAAUUCUUGUACUGCAAGAGAUACAAAAUCACCAUUCCCUGUUUCUGCCACAACCCUCAGAUUUCUGUACCCCUAGUGUUAUGGUGAGAUAAUUGCUCUAGCAGAAUCAGAGUCACAACGUUGAUUCCAGAGUAUAAAUUUGAAUGUUUUUAUUCCUAGAAGUCUUUUUUAAAGCAUCAGAAGGCUCCCAUUUCAAUUCAAGCCACUCAGAAACACUCAACUGAAACACAUGGGCUAACAGCAUUUCUUCUAGUCUAAUCCAUUCAUAGAAACCACAACAGAAAUAAGAGCUAAGAUUGCAGUCUGCAUUCAUACAACUGUGAAAGGUGGAAAAUAAUUGCUUUGAAUGAUCUGUGAAACAUUUUUAUUUUAAAAUGAGCUGCCAGAAUGGCAAAUUCCAUAGAACAAGGUGUGUUAGAUUUCUAAAGAGUCUCUUAUAUGAGAUGGAGCAGUAGAGAGUACCAAUCCACUAGCAUAGCAUGAAAGGUGCAUUCCAGGAGAUGCAUCCACUUUCA